AAUGACAAACAAGAAGCUUGUUUAUAAUUAUGCUAUACCAAAAAUGUUGAUUAACAUAGAGGCGCAAAACGAGUCUUCUUUCUGCUUUACAUGUUAUUUUCUCAUUGUCUUUGUCGUAAUAGUUCUCUUCCAUUUUGGGCCUAAGAUUUAUUUUUAAUAUAAGUCCAACUAGUGGGUUGUUUUUGAACGUUCAGAAAAUACGUCAUACUCCUCAUUGUAUUCUCUAUCCAUUAUAGUGAAAUUUCCCUUCUCUGCCCGUGGGUUUUUCUGCAAGGAUUUUCACGUAAAUCUGUGUGUUGAUCUUAUUUUUCUUUUGCUUGUGGUAUUGAUUAUUCUGUCCGAUUAUAACAUAAACAAAUUUAAUAGACUCAAAAUGGCCAUAAUUAUAGUGAAGGGACAAUAAUAGACAUACAUAAAAUAACAAUUUUGGCUAAUAACUAUCAUUUGCAACUGAAUUUAGGAAUUAAAGGAUUCUUUCUAUUUUUCAUCUUCCAUAAUAAUCUUUAUUGUUCCAGCACAAUCAGUGAAGCUUUUCUCCAAUUAUCAAUGUCAAAUCCUGGUUCUACAUCCAAUUUUAAAACUGUUAGGGUUGUGAUCAAAGGAAGAGUUCAGGGUGUGUCGUAUAGGGGUUGGACAGUAGAUAAUGCAACCGAGUUGGGUUUGAAUGGUUGGGUUAGGAACAGAAAGGACGGAACUGUCGAAGCCAUGUUUUCCGGUUGUAAUGAGAAGGUUCGAGAAAUGGAACGACGCUGCUGGGAGGGCCCGCCAGCAGCAAAAGUCACCGGGGUGGAUGUUAAUGUAUCAGAUGAAGAUGUAGCGCCGGGUUUUCAAUGUAGGCUAACUGUUUGAUCAUUUGCCUAAAAGAAGCAAAAUAAAUAAUGACAAGUAUAAUGAGUCGAGGUAGUGGUAAGAUAGAGUGUACACUCUAUCUGACCCAGACCCCGCUUGUGUCUUACCUGAUAUGUUGUUGUUGUUGAAGUGUAGUAAGUUAAAACAUUAUUUUGUAAUUUUUAGCUUGGUAACUCCACAAUGCAAAUGAAAACCAACAUGAAUUUUGAGUCGCGGUGA